AUGGCGGAACUACGAACAACUUCACUAUGUCUUCUCUCAUUUCUCCUUGUCUUGAUCAUGAGUUCAAUCUCAGCAGUCACAGAUGAUCCACAAGAUAAACAAGUGUAUGUUGUCUACAUGGGUGCACUUCCGUCUCGACUGGACAACACACCAAUGUCCAAUCACAUUAGUAUUCUUCAAGAAGUCACCGGAGAAAGUUCGAUCGAAGGUCGUUUGGUGAGAAGUUACAAAAGGAGCUUCAACGGGUUCGCCGCCCGACUCACUGAGUCAGAACGAGAACGAGUAGUCGAAAUGGAGGGAGUUGUUUCUGUAUUCCCAAACAAGAACUACAAACUCCAAACGACGGCGUCUUGGGAUUUCAUGGGGCUAAAGGAAGGAAAAAAUACAAAACGAAACUUGGCCGUAGAGAGUGAUACUAUCAUUGGUGUCCUAGACACUGGGAUUUGGCCGGAAUCGGAGAGCUUCUCCGACAAAGGCUUUGGUCCUCCUCCUAAGAAAUGGAAAGGUGUUUGCUCUGGCGGCAAGAACUUCACAUGCAACAACAAGUUGAUCGGAGCAAGAGACUACACAAGCGAAGGCACUAGAGACACAGACGGCCACGGUACACACACAGCUUCCACGGCGGCUGGAAACGUAGUUGCGGACACAAGCUUCUUUGGAUUGGGUAAUGGAACGGCAAGAGGAGGCGUUCCAGCAUCUAGAAUCGCCGCUUACAAAGUCUGCGACCCGACAGGGUGUACCUCGGAUUAUAUACUGUCUGCUUUCGAUGACGCGAUCGCAGACGGUGUGGACAUCAUCAGCAUCUCUCUCGGGGUAAAUAGUGCGCCUUUGUACGAGCAUGACACAGUUGCGAUCGGUGCUUUUCACGCUAUGGCCAAAGGGAUUCUCACUGUGCACGCAGCUGGUAACAGUGGUCCGGAGCCGGCUUCAGUCGUGAGCGUAGCGCCGUGGAUCUUAACUGUAGCAGCUAGCACCACGAACCGUGGAUUUGUGACUAAAGUUGUGCUCGGAAACGGCAAGACAUUUGUCGGAAAAUCAGUGAACUCUUUCGAUCUAAAAGGAAAGAAGUAUCCUCUUGUGUACGGUGGUGAAUCUUAUAAUGAAAGUCUCGUGAAGGGGAAGAUAGUGGUUUGCCGUAAAAGGGUUUUCUCAGAAGUAGCUGUUGCAUCUGUAAUUAGAGACAACAUAGAUUAUUCCUCCCUUAGUGCUUUUCCCAUCUCUGCUCUAUCACAAGAUGACUUUGAGUCUCUUGUCUCUUACGUCAACUCCACAAAGUCUCCGCAAGGAACUGUUCUAAAAACUGAGGCAAUCUAUAAUCCGAAAGCUCCUAAAGUUAUUUCCUUCUCUUCUCGCGGUCCAAAUACCGUCGCUGUUGAUCUUCUAAAGCCGGAUGUAACAGCACCCGGAGUGGAAAUCCUCGCUGCUUAUUCACCUUUGGCUUCACCAUCAGAAGAUGUCAGGGACACAAGACAUGUGAAGUACUCUGUUCAAUCCGGAACUUCAAUGUCUUGUCCACACGUUGCAGGCGUGGCUGCGUACGUCAAGAGUUUUCAUCCUGAAUGGUCUCCUUCCAUGAUCCAAUCUGCCAUCAUGACAACCGCUUGGCCAAUGAAUGCUUCUGGAACUGGGGUUGCAUCGACCGAGUUUGCUUAUGGAGCUGGACAUGUGGAUCCAGUAGCCGCUCUAAAUCCUGGACUUGUCUAUGAACUGGACAAAGCAGACCACAUCGCCUUUCUCUGCGGCUUGAACUACACUUCCCAAACCCUUAAACUCAUUUCCGGUGAAGCCGUCAGUUGCACUGGAAAGAACUUACCAAGAAACCUCAACUAUCCUUCAAUGUCGGCUAAACUUCCAGGAUCUAACAGCUCCUUCACCGUGACUUUCAACAGAACCGUCACCAACCUCGGAUCCCCUAACUCAACAUACAAAUCAAAGAUUGUCUUAAAUCACGGAUCUAAACUCAGCAUUAAGGUCUCCCCUAGUGUUCUAUCUAUGAAGUCAGUGAAUGAGAAGCAGUCUUUUGUGGUGACUGUUUCAGGCAGCGAUCUCGACCCAAAACUGCCUUCAUCUGCAAAUCUGGUUUGGUCAGAUGGCACACAUAACGUGAGAAGCCCCAUCGUUGUUUAUACUAGUCACUGA